AUGAAGUCAGCAAUUUUCUGGUGAGUCAUUUUUCGCCAACAAAAUCAAAUUAAGCAAGGUCAUAGUAUUCUCAAAUUUUCCUCUUUGGAAAAAAGGUACGGAAAGUAAGAAUAUAUUUUUUGGUAGAGAGAGGAUAUCUGGAAAAGAGAAGAUAACGGCUAGACGAGUUGAACCGGUGUGAAUCGACGGGGAAAAAGUUCACUUUGGGCGAAAUUUGACCCCGAUUCUGUAGACGGCUAAACUCUCACUCCACUUUUUAUCUUUUUUUAUCUCGGAAAUCAAUCGUUCAAUUUGCAAGCGACUCAAAAUUCGGUUCGAAAAGCUUCAUUUAGAAUGUUUUUUUUUUUUGAAAUAUAAAAAGAUUACAAAUAGAUUUGGGGCUAUUACCCAGUCGCAUCUGGAAUGGAGCAAUUUUUGAAAUCGGUUUCUCCGAUAGAGUUCGAUUUGAAUACGAGUUUCAAAUGAUUUUUCAAGAUUUCACGAAUUUUUUGAGAAAGUUCAUUAUCAAGUCGGUUCACCAGCCGAAAGUUUUUUGUCAACUUUGAACUUCUACAACUUUUUUCACACUUUUUUGAAAGUUUCUGCUUUCAACCAGCGUAUAAACCUGCCCUCAGUGAACCAUGUCUUAUUUAAAAUCUCGACGUUGAGCCGACAAGGAAGGUCAUUUUGUUUUGCGCUUGGAAAUUUCUCUCAAAUUUGACCAGAUGUACCAGGAGGAGGUUCUGAGAGUCUCAACCUGUACAACUUCUUAGGUUUUGGGAAAUAAGGGUUCAAAGUGACUCAUUCUAAAGGAUUUUUCUUCAUGAUCUUCAUCAAGAAUUAUUUCCAGCGAACUUUCUAGAAAAUCUCGAAUAAAAAGACCUUUCUUGUGAGACCAUUCGCAGAAAAAAAAGCUGGUUUUAAUGGUUUGAUGGUUCCAUUUUUCGAAGCCCAAACAAAUAUUUUUAUAAUUGUCAAAUCGAAUCGAUUUCCAGGAUCUGUCUACUCUGUCUGGCGACGUUGCACUCGUCGGCGUUCCCGUUGUUCGACUCGAUCUCCCUGAGCGACUACGAGUCGACCACCCAUUCCGGCCAUUCCCAUCAUCAUCACAAGGUUCUUUUUAAACUAUUAUAUUCUUCAUUCAAAAUCAAUCAUGUUUCAUAACAACUCUCAAACUAUCCCUAUUUUGUAAAGUUAAAUAGACUUCUCGGAUCUCAACUAGGAAAAAAAGAAUUGAGAUUUUUCUGGAGCCCGCCUGACAAGGAAGGUCAUUUUACUAGGAGCUACUACUUUUUUUUUGGUAAAAAAUAAAACUUCAAUAUUUCCUUUUUUGCAUAUGAUUAUUGAAAAAACAAAAAUGACUUUUGAGGUGACCAUUCCUCGAAAAUAAGCUCUUCACCUAUCCAGGAGUUACAGGAUAACUUUUUAGAAAAAUUUGAAGUUACUUUGACAAUAGUAGAUCGGAAAAGACUACAGAAGCUCAAAAACUCUUAACAAAAUCAUCAAUCGACUUUUUGCAGCACCACAUCCGUCGGAAGCACCGCCGACGCAGCCUUUCCUCCAAGGAAGAGCCGACGAAGCAGCACCGGAACAAGCAGAUCAUGCUCACCAAGCCCUACUGGCCCUGGCCUUGA